AUGUCAGAAAAAUUAAUUAAAAUUCUUCAAGAAUGUGAAAAACUUUCUAGUCAAGGACUUUUUACUCAUAUUAUACCAUUAUUAAAAGAUAUUACUAUUUUUGAUAUACUUCAAGAUAAUCCAAUACCAACUACCAAAAAUUUUCCUAAUCUUGAAAAUUGGUAUUAUAUUAAUGUUAAAAAUUCAUCAAUUUCAGAAUCUUCUUGUUUUGGUUUUAAAAAAAAAAAUCUUGAUUUUCCACUUCAUGAUCAUAAAGGAAUGCAUGGUUUUAUGAAAAUUAUUAAUGGAACAAUAAAAGUUACUUCAUAUAGUUUAAUGACACCAGAUAUGUUAAAUAAUGUUAAUAAACCAUUAGAAGAUGAUAUACCAGUAAUAUUUGAAGAUGAAACAAUUUUAUCUACAUCUGAUUCUUCAAUUAAUAAUGUUCUUCAUCUUGAACCAAGAAUUAAUAAUAUUCAUACAAUAAAAUCACUUGAAGAUAAUUCAUUAUUCUUUGAUUUUCUUGUUCCAGGAUAUAUUAAUAUAGAUUCAAAAUAUUUUAAAUUAUCAAAUGAUUCUCCUGGUAUAGUAAAGAAAGGAGAUAUUAUAUUUUUAAAAGAAAUACCAAGACCAGUAGACUUUAUAAUGACUGGUUUUAAAAUAUAA